UUAGCUUAGUGGUAGAGCACUUGCCUAGCAAGCCCAAGGCCCUGGGUUUAGUCCCCAGCUCCAAAAAAUAAAAUAAAAUAUUACACUUAAUGUUAUAAAUAAUAAAAUAUUAAACUCCUGGCACAUAAUAUCCACAAAAUCUGGGUCACUACAAUGAAAAGACCAGAUCUAUGAAUAAUAGAAGAAGAAAAGGAAAGCCAGGUCAAAGGCACAGCAAAUAUUUUUAACAAAAUAAUAGAAAAAGUACUAACCUGAAGAAAGAGAUGCCUGUCAACAUUCAUGAAGCAUAGAGAACACCAAGUAGAUUGGACCAGGAAAAAAGUUCCCUGAGCACAUAAUAAUCGAAAAAUUAAAUGUGGCCUAGAUUUUUCAAAACCUACUUUUAUAAGGGUUCUUAAAACACUUCAACCUCUCUUCUAGCUACCACCUACCUACCAGAGGUGGUGGGAAGAAGAAGUUAAUAGGAAACAGGGCUUGCAGAUCUGUUUAGAAAUGGUUCUUUGAGGGCUAUUUCAGUCAUCAUUGCCAGCAGUACCACCAAGGAGAGACAGGCUCUGCCAGUCAGCCCAGAGCCCAUGGAAGCCAUCGGCACAUCACAAGAAGUUCUGUGGUGAGUUACUGUCUACAGAGUUAUGACCAGCAAAGAUCAGCAAACCACUACAAGAGCGCUGUCAGUGAGGAUUAGUCAGGCAGAGCAAGGUGAACCAAUGCCAGAGUCUCGCCUCAUUAUCUGAAGGGUCGUUUUUAUAUUCUUUCUAGACAUCAUGUGUCCUCUCACGUGUCUGCUUCUGCAAAACAUCAUUUGAUAACUGAGUUUCCAAAGAAACCAGAAGUUUCUACUUCGGCCUUUGAGCAGAGAGAUUUUUUUUUCAUCAUAACAGAGUAAUAACAAAGAUAUCUAAGAUAAAAAGACUAUUAAGGAGCAGACCAUGAGGCCUAUUUAGUCUGUUCCCAGUACUGGGGAAGUCAGGACAGGAGCAGAGACCAGUGUGAGCUAUAUAUGGGUUUGGAAGAGGCUUUUAAGAUUUUUUUUUCCUGAAGCUGGGGACCAAACCCAGGGGCUUGCGCUUGCUAGGCGAGUGCUCUACCACUGAGCUAAAUCCCCAACCCUUAAGAUUUUUUUUUUUUUAUGUGUUUGUUUUCCCUGCAUGAGUGACUGUACCACAUUCAUGCCUGGGACUCAUGGAGGUCAGGAGAUAUUUUGGGUUCUUUAGAGCCAGAAUUACAACUGAGCCACCAUGUGGGGUCCCACCAAAUCCUGGUACACUGCAAGAACAAUCAGUGCUCCCAACCACUGGACUGUCCCAAGCCCUUGGGCAGGUUCUUAACAAUCACAGACUUAGACUAUCCUCCCCAACAUCAAGUUUACAGUAUGUUUUAUCACCUAGUCUUGAUGAGUAGGCCACUACGUCCUAUUGUCCCCCUUGGUGAGUCGCUCCUGGCAGCCUGUAGCUUUGCCUACCAAGCCAUGUGCCAGCUUGAUUACACACACCCUUCUGUGCCGGCUGGUGUUGCUCAGCGACAGCUCGUGGUUUGUUUUGUUGAGACAGGGUCUCAUUACGUAGCCUCAGCUAGCCUGUGCUUGACAUGUACAGCACUCUGUCCUUGAACUCAUUGAGGUUACCUACCUCUGCUUCCCACGUGCUGACGUUAACUUCGAGGGCUAUUAUACCCAGCAGUAGCAAGUUUUUAGUUUAUACAAGCUAUAGCCUGGGGCAGAACUUCCUUCAUUCUCUUGGUUGAGUAAUAGUCCAGUUUGUGGUAUCCUGCUAUGCUUGUCCCUCCAGGGUUCUUGAGCUCACAGCUCAAGCCCAGUGUGGUAAUGUUGAGGUAAUAGAACUUCUCUAUUUUUUUUUAGCUUAAAAAAUGUACUGUCCUCUCUCUCUCUCUCUCGCUCUCUCGCUCUCUCGCUCUCUCGCUCUCUCGCUCUCUCUUGCUCUGUGUGUGUGUGUGUGUGUGUGUGUGUGUGUGUGUGUGUGUGUGUGUGUUUUCAGUGGUCAGAGGAUAGCUUGUGAGGAGUCACCUUGUGAUUCCUGGGGAUCAAACUCAACUCAGGUAAUCAUGCUUGGCAGGCAGUAAGUGCCUUUACCCCUUGAGCCAUUCCGCUGCUCACUCCCCACCCUCACACACCUUUCGAGAUAGGGUACAGCCCAGACUGGCCCAGAUGUAGCCUCCCUCCUGCCUCAGCCUCUCAAAGUUAACAGACGAGAGGUACCCCAUCAUUCCUUGCACUUCAACCUUGGCAUCUGUAUGAUACUGCACAGAACUGGUGCCAGUCAUCUGUGAAAUGAACAAACGAAUGAACAGAGAAAAGAGGGGAAGCAGGUGUCCUGUGCAGAGAGAAGAGUAAAAUGGGGCUCCACCCCUUGUCUCUGGAGUCUGGCUUCAGCUGAUGCAGCUCAGCUGAGGCCACCUACCCUAAAGGCUGUCCACUGAAAUCACCCUAUGAUGUCAACAGAAGAAGCUGGUGUGGAGGGAGUGGGACCCCAGGGUGUCUCUCCCCCCACCCCCCCGCUGCCAGGUUAUCUUCCAUCAGGUAUCCCUGUUUCCUCCGCCUUGGUGGCCACUAUCCCUUCCUGAAGGGACUGGCCAGCUCCAACAUGGGGAGCAUGAUUCUGGCAGGCCCUGCCCUUCUCCCAGAUACCUUUGUCUUGCUAGAAUUCCCAUUAGAUUCCAUUCCUAAAGCUAGCUGCCCUGCCAAGGUCUAUUCUCUUAUUUGGCCACUUCCUCCUCCUGAGGCUACCAAGGUCAAUGCUACCGAGUACUGAAGUCCAGCAAUCAAAAGCCCCUUUGGCUCAUCUAACUAACACACCCAAUUAAAAUUAAACACCUCGGGUUGGGGGUUUAGCUCAGUGGUAGAGCGCUUGCCUAGCAAGCACAAGGCCCUGGGUUCGGUCCCCAGCUCCGAAAAAAAGAAAAAAAAUUAAACACCGCAUCCUAAGACAGGGUUUCUCCCUUAAUAAACUGACAUUUGCCUAUGGGCCACAUCAGUAUCCUCUCUCCUUCCUGGACAAAUACUCCUUACUUCCUCUCCUCUCCUUUGUUUCUCUUCCCUUCUUUCUCUACCUCCUGUCUUUGUCCCUUAUCCCUGCCCUCUGUCCCUCUGGAGUAAAUAAGUCUCCUUGUGCUGAGAACUUAGUCCUAGGGGUCCUGAGAGGAUACUUUUCCUUUCACUUCCUUUGGAGGCUGUGACUGUGUCCAUUUAUGAACCACAUAAACCAGAUGUGAAGGUGGGGAUUUCUACUUUGACAGACUGACAGGAAGAUGUUAGAGCACCACGGCCCCAAAGCUGCUCAGAAGGGGGUGGACAAAGCCAAGCCAAAACAGCUCAUGUUCUCCAAGACUGAGCCACAUACACAGGACAACCCCACAGGACCAGCCCUGAGAACAAAGCGUGAGGAGGAUUUGAGAGCUCAAGGGAGUUCUCUGAAGUCGACCCAGGAGAGAGCACAUCUCACCCUGAGCCUAGGCGAGAGUCACAAGAACUUGCCCAGAUGUGCUGACUCAGCUGAACCCUUGGGCCCUUGAGUGGGAUCUGUCAUCAGGACCUACGCUGGUUUCCUCCUCUGUUGGACCUUUGUCAGCCCAAAGACUCACCACCCUGGAGAGGAGCAGGGGGUCAGAGAGGUACCAGCUCCAUCCUAGAAAGUGUUAAUUUCCAAGACCCAGGAUAGGAGGAAGUGGCUUUGCCACUGGGUGCAGAGGCAGAAGGGGUUGGGGCAGGGAACUUACAGCCAAGUCAACUGUGCUGGUUAGGUACAGGGACACAUCACCCAAGACCCAGGGUGUGCAUGGGAGCACCUCACACACAUUGUAGUUCAUUUUAAAAUAAAAAAAAAAAAGUCAGGUGUGAACUGGGUCUGCAGCUCAGCUGACAGGGAACUCUCAUGGUGAAAAAAGCCCCAUCCCAGUACCACAGAAAAUAUGCCCACAUCUAUAUGAUCCCAGCACCCAGGAGGUAGAAGCAGGAAGAGCAGAGCUUCAGCAUUGACCUCAGCGAUAGAGUGGAUUCCAGACCAGCCAGGAUGCUGUGAGAUGCUGUUUUAGAAAAAUAAAAACCAGAAAGGGAGGGGAAAAAACACAGAAUAAAAUAGAUGAACUCUGUGGUUCACUCCAGUUUUGCUUUCUUGCUUUGGUUUUGUUUGGAUUUUGAGUUUGAAUGUCCCUAUGUAGUCCAAGAUAACCUGGAACACCAAAUCCUCCUGCCUCAGGCUUCUGAGUGCUCCAACUACAAACUGAAGCCAUCAUGCUUUGCUGUUGGCCUAGAGGGCAACACGACUGUAGGAUGUUAUUUCAAAUGCUUUGCAAAGGAAGGCAUGAUGGGUGCUGUGUGUGCAGCGAGUCUGUCCUUUCAUGUCUCUUUCUGACCUCAGGGCCUUAGCACAUGCUGUUCCCUGUCUGCACACUGUUCCCGAACCUCGUCCCCCAAAGCAGCUUCUCCUACUUUCACUCUCUGAUCGCUAUAUGCCUGUUUCCUGACCUAUGACUACUUCAGGGCUGCUGUUAGAGGCUGGGAUUGUAGCUCAGUAGGUAGAGUGCUUAUAGCUCAGUAGGUAGAGUGCUUAUAGCUCAGUAGAUAGAGUGUAGCUCAAUAGGUAAAGUGCUUGUAGCUCAGUUGUCAGAGUGCUUACUUAGCAAGCAUGACGCCAACAGUACAUAAUCUUGCCAUGACGGUCGGCACAGGCCUGCCAGCACUCAGGAGGUCGAAGCAAGAGUUCAAGGUCUUCAGCACCCCAGCUUGGGGUGCAUAAAACUGUCUCAAGGGAAAAAAACCUAGAAGAAUAUCAAUAUUGGGAAGAAGGGUGACAGCUGUCUCAGGGGUUGGCAGAAACUGCUCCAGCUACAGACAGAAGCCUUGAGAGUUAUUCUGGUCCCGCCCUGUUCACCUGCUGGAGGAAACAGGAACUGUCUGAAGCUGCCCGCCCUCCCCUUCUGACGAGUGGACCCUGAACCGAAACUUAACACUCCAGUGGCAGCUCAAGAACCCUUCGGAACACAGCUCAGCCUGUCCAAGGUGACCACCUUCCCUGGAUGCCAUGGCAGAGGCUGGGAGGCUCCCUCCACCACUACCCCCUCGGCUGGACUGGUUUGUGCACACCCAGGCGGACCUGCUGGCCCAAUCCGGGAUCCCCGAGUGGUUCCAUGGCACCAUUUCCCGAGAGGCUGCUGAGAACCUGUUGGAGUCCCAACCCCCGGGGACCUUUCUUAUCCGAGUCAGCCACAGCCAUGUGGGCUACACCCUUUCCUACAAAGCCGAAACCUGCUGCCGUCACUUCAUGGUGAAGCUUUCAGAAGAUGGGACUUUCGUCUUCGCUGGGGACCACGUGACCCACGCCUCUCUGGACGCCCUGGUCACCUUCCACCAACAAAACCCUAUUCGGCCAUACGGGGAGCUGCUGACCCGGGCCUGCGGGCAGAAGGAUCCAGCAAGUGUGGACUACGAAGAUCUCUUCCUAUACUGGAAUGCGCUGGUUCAGGAUAAUGGAAGGCAACUUCUGAGAAUGGAAGUUCAAAGGCCUUCUUCCGGCUCACCUGAAGAGGCUGGCUUCAAACCUGCCUCAGCCUCCCAGAUGUUGGGAUUAAAGGACCAGGUUCUUGAAGGAGCUUGACAAUGAACUGUCAGUCUAGAUGAGUAAAUCAGCAGGCGACCUAUGUGCCGUGGCUCCCUGAGGCUAGCAGGGCCUUUAGAUGCCCCUGAGAUUGAAGUAGUUGCUGAACUUCCUGUGUGGCGAGACGUUCUGACAGCAGUGAGGAUGGAGCAAGCUGGUGUUCUGGGUAUGUGUUUGGACACAAGAUUCAUCCUGGAGAAGGUUUCAGGGAGCUGGGAUGUAAGGAUGAGAAACCACACCAGACAGAGAUUCAGGAAGAGCAUUCUGGGAAUGAGGGGGGCAUGUGCAAAGGUCCUGGGGUUCUGUGUGUCUGCAGUGCAGAGUGGCAGAAGGCAGUAAGUAUCUGGACCAUUGUGGGUAAAGGCCUCAGGGGGUACUCAGUGACCCUACCCUAACCCCAAAUGAGAAGAGUGGGGAGAUGCUGAUAAUAGACACCUUCCCCACAAGCAUGUUGGGUAAUUCCACUGAGCCACACCUGCAGCCCAACUGUGUCUCUUGAGAAAACAUCCCAGCCUUGGGACAGGUGGGAGAGCCAUGCAUAGAGAUGGGAGAUGGGGCAACGGUGGUGCUUAGAAGGUACGGAGAUCAGGUUCUGAGGCAGCGUGGGGCUUUGCUAGACAGCUGGGCCUCAGGCCUCCCUGUCUCUGUUCCAGGCUUCUGAAGGGAAGCCAUCCACAACAACUAAAGGAGAAUCCGCAUUGGCUUCCUGCUCCACAAAAGUCCUUUUCGAGGAGUCUGGACAGAAACUGUGGAAGAACCUGAGGUCCCUACCUCAGACCAGCCGGAAGGUGAAACAGCGGCUCACUUCAAACCUGUCGGCCAUGAACCUGCUGGGGAAUGCCAGGCGCGUGGCACAGCAACAUCAUAGCCCUGUGACUCGAGCGUUCAGCUGGGACAGUGCAAGCCACUCCGAGGACCCCUGUGCAGUCACUACCUCUCUCCAAAACCCCACACAGCCCGAGGCCCUGAGAGACAGAGAAGCCACCUUCAGGGACUCCAAGCGUGCCAGCUGGAGGGAGGCACUCUCAGGGGUCAAAGCCUGGCAUGGAAAGGUGAUAAGGGGCCUGUCAGCCCCGGAGCCUGCCAACUCGCCAGAAGCCCAGGGCUGGUUGCCUGAGGAAUAUCUCCCACCACCACCUUUUGCCCCUGGGUACUGACAGGACCUUCUGAGUCUUGGGUAUUCAUCUCCUUACAGCCAGAGAACUGUACUGAAGAGGUUAGGGGGCUGAACCCUGCAGGCACCAGCUGAGGGAGCCUAAAUAAUGGAAUUACUGCUACCACUUUAGGGACCCGGUGAGGUGGCCCAGUGCAUAGGAAGGUAAAAGAACUUUCAGCCACGCCCAACACCUGAGUUCUAUCCCCAGGACUCCCACGGGGAGAGCUGUGGACCAACUUCUGGAGGACGUCCUCAGACUUCUACAUACGUGUGUUAGCACACACUCGUAAGCCGAUGUAACUUUAAAAGAUGGCAGCAGAGACGUGGCAGGUUCAACAGGUGCCAGGCCUGUGCCGUGUGUCAUCUCUCAGUAUCGUUGGGAUGCAUGUCUCAUGUUCAGCCACAUUCAAAUACAAAUGUUUUUCCAGGGGUUGGGGAUUUAGCUCAGUGGUAGAGCGCUUGCCUAGCAAAUGCAAGGUUCUGUCCUCAGCUCCAGGGAUGACAUUUUUUUUUUCUGAAAGCUUUAUGUCUUCUGAGGGUUGGGGAGAUAACUCAGUGAGUAAAGGGCUGAGAGGACCUGAGUUCAAUUCCCCCAAGCCCACAAAGAUGCUGCAGUAGCGUGUGUGUGUGUGUCCUCAGAGCAGCUACAAGGAGACGGGAGGUGGCUGCUGCCUUACAGAGACCUUGCUUCCACAAGGUGGAGGACAGACAUGCGGGCAAUCCAACAUGUUCCCGCCCACACUCACACACUAGGACACGCAGAGGAGGAGGGGGAGAGAGAGGGGAUGCAAAGCAAUUGCAUCUGUGGCCAGGGGUGUGGGGGCAGCAUUUGGGCAGCAAAGACAAGAGGUGUCAGGAGCCCAAAGCCAGCCUCGGCUUACCUGGAGUUUGAGAUUAGCCUGGGCUACAUGAAAGCUUGACUGAGAGAAGAAAAACUGUGAGACAGGCAUAGUGGUACACACCAGUAAUCCCAGCACUCCAGAGGCAGAGGCGGGAAGAGCUCUGUGAGUUUGAGGCCAGCUUGGUCUCCGUAGUGAGUUUCAGGGCUACACAGGGAGACCUCAUCUAAAUAAAAAGUGAAAUGCA